AUGGCGUCGACAGCCCCCACUUUUUCUACCUUACCCGUCGAGAUGCAAAUCGAGAUCCUCCAAUACUUGGACCCCAUCGCCCUGAAUUCCUUCAGUCAGACGAAUCAACAUUUCCGAUACAUGAUUUCCCCGCAGCGAUGUCAUUUCGUGGAGAGACUUCUUGCACUUGAGUGUCGGGAAGAAGAGGGUGGAGUUACCCCCAUUUUCCGUGCCAGAGAUAAUCAACUCGUUCCAGACUGGGAUACCCCAGACUGGGAAUCCAUGAGAUGGGCUUGUUGCAACUGCCUUCGCCUUCUACCCCAUGACUCUUUUGAUAACCACUCUAUUUUACGUCUUCGCUAUCGAAAACCCAUUCCUGGAUCACCCGCAGCUAAUCACGUCACGAGCUGGGGAGUUCUUCCGCGAUCACGGGGCAUGACCAAAGAACAACGUGCGAAUAAGAUUUCCGAUGAGAAAGUCCUUCGAAAUCGAUAUGGGACAGCAGCCACUCGUAACUGGGGACGCACUCGACUGCGUCUUAUGAAUAACGUUGGGGAAGCACAAUACCUACAAAUCUUCUAA